ACCAUCAACCGCCAACCAUCAACCGCCAACCAUCAACCGCCAAUAUCCUCCUCCAUCGUCAAUCCUCGUCGUCAAUCAUCAGACAGAAUCAAUAGCAUUGUCAUUGUGCACUUCUCUGAUCCACGUGCUGUUUGUACCUGCUGACUGAUUCAUUAUGUCUUUUCGACUCGGCGAUUCGGCAGCUGGAACAAAAGGGCUACGCUCGGCUUGCAACGGCCUAUAUCGACCUUUUGAUUCCGCACUUUGGGAUGGAUUUACCAAUCGAUAUGAACAUCAUCUCCGUUGCUGAAUUGAAGGGCCAACGAGGCCAAGCAAAAAGGGGGGCAGUCACCUGGUAUCAAUAGAUAUAAGUGGCUGUCCAUUGAUUGAUCUUCAAACGCCUCCAUUGAAGGGUUUUGUGUUACCGAGGAAAGGGUCCUGUCGACGUCAUAUUUUGUUCCGGCCCAGCACGCGUCUUUUUCUUAUCGAACUUUCGCCGCCCACGACCACGCACGACCACCGAGAAAUUAAUUCUGAAACUACCGGACGAGCAGAGGAGUAUGCAAAAUAUAGCCUCGAAUAGGAGACGAAUAGACCACGUUGAAACACACCGUGCCGCCGAGAUUCUUACAGAGAUUAGAGCCAAUGGACUAACUGGCCUUCCUACCAUCUUAGCUCCCGCACCAGAAAGUUGCGCGUGACCCGCCUUCCGUCUUUCCUCCAAGGCCGGUGGCUAGAAAAGUGAACCCCAACCCCUCCUCUUGACACGCUCUACUUUUUUUCUUUACCUCUUCCACACAUACACUCAUAUAACUGCAGCCAUCCAAGCUCUAAUCAUAUCUCAUCACUUCACUUCGCAUACCAUCGGGCGAUAACCCCCACCAACAACCCCUCAUGUCUCCCUCCGCCGUAUCCGCCACGCCUCCCCAGGCCGUGGUGCAGGGAAACCCCGACCUGAGCGCCGACGCCGUCAAGGCCAAGCUCAGCAGCGCCGCCUCCCUCGCACCCCUCGACGCCUCAAAGCUAACCCGCACCCGCACCACGACCCCCCGCACCGUCCCCGCCCUCGACGACCCCAUCCGCAACGUCUCCUCCUUCGCCACCGACCACAUGAUAACCUGCACCUGGAACGUCAACUCCGGCUGGGGCAUCCCUGAACUCAAGCCCUACGGCCCCUUCUCCAUCAUGCCCACAGCUUCCGUCCUCCACUACGCCACCGAGUGCUUCGAGGGCCUCAAGUGCUACCGCGGCUACGACGGCAAGCUGCGCCUCUUCCGCCCCGACUGCAAUGCUAAGCGCUUGCUCAUGUCAUCUGCGCGCAUCGCGCUCCCCACUUUCGACACUGCUGAGGUGGAGAAGCUGAUUACCGAGCUCGUGGCUGUGGAUGGGGAUAAAUUCCUGCCUAAGUCCAAUGCGGGGAAGUUCCUCUACCUCCGCCCGACGAUGAUUGGCACGCAGGCUGAGCUGGGGGUGCAGACGCCUAACGAGGCCAUGCUCUUCAUCAUCGCGACCUACAUGCCCGAGCUCUCCGAGACACCCGGCGGCAUGAAGCUGCUCGCUUCCCAGAACGACAUCGUGCGCGCGUGGCCGGGGGGCUUCGGAUUCGCCAAGGUAGGCGCGAAUUACGGGCCUAGUCUGAUGGCGCAGCAGGAGGCGCGGAGGUUGGGGUAUAACCAGGUCCUCUGGCUUUUGGGGGAUGAGGCGCAGGUUACGGAGGCGGGAGCGAGUAAUUUUUUCACGGUGAUGAGGACGAAGGAGGGGAAGUUGCAGUUGAUUACUGCGCCGUUGGGGGAUAAGGUUAUUCUGGAUGGUGUGACGAGGAGGAGUGUGAUUCAGCUUGUUAAGGAGAGGUUGGCGAAGGAGGGGGGGGAGCUGGAGGCGCUGGAGGUGGUGGAGAGGCAGUAUACUAUGGGGGAGAUUGUGGAGGCGUCGGAGGAGGGGAGGUUGAUUGAGUGUUUUGCUUGUGGGACGGCUUUCUUCGUCGCACCAGUGUCCAAAAUCCACUUCCGUGGCGUCGAUAUCGAUGUCCCAAUGGCCCAGGGCGAGGUUGGGGAUUACACCAACGUCAUCAAGAACUGGCUCGUGGAUAUCAUGUAUGGUCGCGAGGACCACCCAUGGGGCGUGGUUGUUGAGGAGAAGGAGGUUUAAGGGGGGUGUCUGUAUAUGAUGAGGGAUGAGAUAAGAUGGAGAUGAUGAAAGAAAACAUCCAUGGCGUUUUGUGAGGGAGCUUUUGCCUCCUGGAGGUGGUUUAUCGAAGCGGAAGAUUUUGAUAGACUACGCCUGAUGUUUUGUGGAUGGACAUGGAAAAUGGGCGGAGGUUUGAGAUAAAUAAGUUGGGUGGUUUUUUGGUUAUAGACUAUGAAUAUACGAUCUAUCCAUAAAAUCUCUCAUACUG